AUGUCGACGCAGACGAUUCACAAACUGAGCUUGCGAGCAGGAACUGCGGACACCUCGAUCGACGAGAAGUUCAAGAAGGACCUGCAUCUUUUCCCGACGUACGCCCAAGGCGUCGCUCGCGAGCCAGACUAUGCGUUCGAUGCUUGGCUUCCUCGCCCGGAUCCUUCGCUACACUACGAGCCUCUGACCGACUUCGAACACGUUGACCCGGGCACGCGUGUGCCCGAUCCCCUCACAAACCCGCUCGACGAGCUCUUGAAGAAUGCUCAGACUGCCGAGAUCACACCCGCUAUCGGCACGGAAGUCAGCGGUGUGCAACUCAGUACUCUCUCGCCUGCGCAGAAGGAUCAGCUCUCAGUCCUGGCAGCUCGCCGCGGUGUCCUCAUCUUUCGAGAGCAAGACUUUCAAGAGCUAUCGGUCCCCGAUGCACUCGAUUGGGCCCGUUACUUUGGCCGGUUGCACAUUCAUCCCACUUCAGCUCACCCUGAAGGCUACCCAGAGGUCCACUUGGUCUACCGCGAUCGCAAAAGCAGCUUCAAUUACGAAAAGAGCGAUCGCACAAAUUCGGUCACUUGGCACUCUGACGUCUCGUAUGAGACGCAGCCUCCUGGCUUGACGAGCCUCUUCCUUUUCUCUUCUCCUGAAAGCGGUGGUGAUACUCUAUUUGUCAACACUGCAAAGGCAUACGAAAGAUUGUCGCCAGAAUUUAGAGAGCGACUCCACGGCCUGCAAGUCGUGCAUUCAGGCCACGAGCAGGCCAACUAUUUGCGUCGCGACGGCAAGCGCGGCGCGCACAGCGCUCUUCUGGAUCUGCCUGAAGGUGCUCGCCGACACGGCGCUCGCCUAACACCUCAGGCUGAGCGACCCUUCUUCAAGUGA